AUGGACUAUUUGCAAACAAUCAGUCAAUCAACACCUAUUCAUAAUGCUAUUAGACUCAUUCAAAACUUGCCUUUGACUCAUAAAUUAGAAGAAUUUUACAAGCGUGCAUCUAGAAAUGAGUUGAUAUUCGUCGGGGCUGCUGCAUUUGUGACACUGUACAAUCUCAAGGCUUAUGUCAAUGCGAAACGACAAAAGCUGAACCUGCCACCCUAUGUACCUUACGGGUUGCCUUUGCUGGGCCACACCUUGUAUCUCAUGGCUUCGCCCUUCAAGUUUGUGGACUGGUGCAAUAAGAACUAUGGCGAAAUCUACGACAUCAAUUUAAUGGGCAAAACAAUUACUGUUACCAGCAAAAAGUGUGCUGAAGAGACAUUCAAGGCAGAAUCAAAUGAUUUAUCUCUCAACGAAGGCAUUGUUAAUGACAUGCUUCAUCUCAACUACUUAUUCACAGACAGAGAAAUGAUCUUGUCAUCCAAAGCCAAUGCUGUUGUUGUUCGAGCAGUACUUACUAGCCAACGAGUGCCUUUGUUGAUUCCCACCAUUCAAGAGGGUUUAGAGCGAGGUGCCAAUGUAUUACUCAAGUCCAAUGAGCCUACCAUUGUCAAGAAACCCAGCAUCUUUUUUCAAAACUACGUUGCCUACAUGAGUGUUGGCUCCUUGAUCGGCGAAGAGAUUGCAACCAACACAGAAGUCAUUCAAUCUUUUGCUCAAUUUACGGGCGACAUUAUUGGCAAUAUAUCUUACUUUGUACUCCUUCCCAAAUUCAUGCACUCUUACAUUUUACCCUUCUUGCAAACAUCUUACAAGCACCACCAUGUCAUGGAGAAAUACGUCAUGCCUAUGAUUGCCGAGCGUCGUGAAAAGCAGAGACUUGCUAAAGAAGCUGGUAAAGAAGAUGAGCUCGAGCGCGAUUUUUUGUAUGGUCUAGCCGAGUAUGUUCACGUCGAUGAAGAUGGCAAGGAAACACUGUUCUCUGAGGAGGAGCUCGCUCACAAUGUCUUGAUGAUCGCUUUCGCUGCUGUCCACACGACAUCCACCAAUUUAAGUUACUGCAUCUACUGGUUGAUUGCUCGUCCUGAUCUCAAGCAAAGGCUAUUGGAAGAAAUCAACCGUGUUACUCCUGGCAAAGCUCGGGUCACUCAUCAAAACUUGCUGGAUAUGCCCUUCUUGAAUAACUUUGUGCGUGAAUCACUUCGUCAAAGUGUGGACAGAUUGGCCGUGCAAAAGAAGGUCAUGCAUGAUUAUACCUAUUACAACGGUUAUCAAGUACCCAAGGGACGCAUGAUUCACACUACUACACGUCAAAUGAACUUUGGUGAAACUGCUGGUCGUUCAUCUAUCGAGGAGAUGAACCCUGACAUGUCCAACAACAAGCCUUGUUCUGCUCCUGCUAGAGAUUUCCUUACGUUUGGUAUGGGUAAACAUUUAUGUCCAGGCCGUUUCUUUGCUAUUCAAGAAAUCAUGAUGUCUCUUGUUUAUCUCUUGAAGAACUAUGACUUUGAUACUGUCAGUGGAAAGAAGCCACAUCCUGUUUCUAGUAUUGCCAACAUCGCUGUUACCAACUGUGAAGAGCCCUUGGUUUUCACACCCAAAAACUAA